GUAUUUUCCAAACUAAAAAAAGAACAACCCAAAUUCCAAGAAAAAAUAGUUUGCAUUAUGGGGGAUUGUACUUUGCCGAAUCUUGGAAUGACRAUURUAGAUAGRAAUAUUUUAAUAAAAGAAAUUUCCAUUGUUUUUCAUGCUGCAGCUACGACAAGAUUCAACGAAACUCUAAAAUCAGCGACAGUUACGAACGUACAAGCAUUAAAAUAUAUGAUUAGCCUCUCAAAGGAAAUGCCAAAGUUAAAGAGUUUUGUUCAUGUAUCCACGGYUUAUUCCUGUUGUCUUCACAAUCCAAUUGAGGAGAAAUUUUAUGAACCACCGAUUGACGAUGAAAAAUUGAUYAAUWUGKUKGAAARUWUAAAUGAUGAAUUAGUGGAUAAUGUUUCAACAAGAUUAAUURAGGGAUGGCCRAAUACUUAUGUUUACACUAAAUCAAUAGCUGAAAAUAUAAUAAAGAAACAAGCUGGUUUGCUACCGAUCGGAAUAUUCCGUCCAGGAAUUGUGAUAUCAACGUAUCGCGAACCGAUCGAAGGAUGGGUCGAUAAUUAUAAUGGUCCAAUGGGGAUUUUCGCUGGUGCUGCAAAAGGUUUAAUCAGAUCGCAUCAUUGCGAUGAAUCCGUAAAACCAGCUAUAGUACCAGGAGAUUUGACUAUAAAUGCAAUAAUAGUUAGCGCAUGGGACAUAGCAAACAAUCGAAGAUCCGAAGAAGAUAUUCCAAUAUAUAACUAUACAUCUGAUGACAAUCCUAUAACUUACAAUCAGAUGAGAGUAUUGACAUUAGAGCAUGGAUUAUUAACACCGUUCAAAGAUGCAGUUUGGUAUUGUAGCUGUGCUGGUAGAAAAAGUCUAUUACUUCAUCUUUUCUGCAUAUAUUUUUUACAUUAUCUACCAGCUACCAUAUUAGAUUUUGGAAUGUUAUGCUGCGCCAAAAAGCCAAAGUUUGUUAGAAUGUAUAUUAGAUUACACAAAAUGUUGAAAGCACUCAGUUAUUUUUCUUUAAAAGAAUGGAAGUUUAAAAAUGAAAGAUGGACAGAAGCACUCMGUAAAUUACAAAAAGAAGAUCAAGAAUUAUUCUAUUGCGAUAUAAAAGACGUUGUUUGGGAUACCUAUUUUAAAACAUUUCUAUUAGGUAUAAGAUUAUACCUCUUAAAGGAUCCCAUGGAAACUAUACCACUAGCUCAUAAGAAGUGGAGAAGGCUUUACUGGAUUCAUCAAAUGUUAAAAUUUUUAUUGGCUAGUAGUUUUCUCAAGAUUGUAUGGAUUUUGAUUUGUAAAUUAAAUAUCACAUUUUGUCUAUUGGGGGCUAAAUUCCUCGAUUUAGUAUCCUCGUACAAGUAUGUAUGUGCUAUGAUGUUGAGAAUAAUUAGUWAAGUUUASAUAUAAAAUAAAACACGUGGUUGGGGGCCAAUCAAAGAUGCGAUGCUUUAUUGGCUUGUCAGGUAAAAGCCUUGCGGCAUAAAAACCCUAAAUGAUAUUUGUCGUGUAAAAGAAUGGGGAUCCACCACGUGGCAUAGCUACGCAGGAAUAAUAUAGUUCGAGUGGAAAGUAUAGGAUGGAAAGAUCUCACCUCUCGCACGCUUCACGUAUAGCGAUCACAACCGUAAAGGUUGAGGGUUAAAAUCACUUACGUUCACAACCGCAAAGGYUCGGGUGUUCCUCUGUUGUUCCUUGUGAAUCCUUAAGUCCUUUGUUCCUUGUGGCUUCUACGGCCCUUAGGUGCUGAAGAUGUAUCGUCGUAGGGCGUUCAGUGAUUAAAUAGGAAUAAUUUCCCUUUGUACUGGCCCAUCAGGGCGCAUGUGGUGGGGAUGCGAGAAGUGGGAGUAGCUAUCGUAGCGCUUCGAUAGUCGCUUGUAGUUGCUCGAUACUCGUAACGAGUAUCGAUCUAGAAUCGYAAUCGAUAGAAUCAGACGUGCACAUUUCGAAUACAGCUAGUUACCGUACAAUCAUUUCGGAUCGUACACUGUCUGCUUAAAAUAAAAUUUUUUUUUCCGGCAAUUCGGACA